GCGGAGCGGAAGCGCGAAACGUGCGAGAGCGCUCGUCCGGCGUGAGCGACACUCAGCUCGCGCUCGGCCCCCCAAAUCCUCGCUCUCAACGAUAACACGCGCCGUUUAUUUACAACCUGUCGCUCGCGCAUAACCUGCCCGCGAGAUCCCGCACAGAGGCCUCGCGCCAGUCAGCUGGCGCACCGUUCACUGAUAAUCCCCUACGCCCGACGGCGAGCACCUUGUGCGCAAUUUCUCGGCAAAACACGCGACGAGUGGUUCGGCCGCGAGACGGAAAUCGAGAUCUCUGCCUUUUUCCCGCCUCGUUACUGCAAUACUGCACGGGCGUGUGUACGACUGUGCGUGCGAAGCAUGUAAAUAUCGUACAGUUCGUAAGUAAGUUGCGCGUCGCUCGAGUGCGCUUGAAGAGCCGUUUAUUUUAUGUUUAUUACCGUCGAGGCAACGUCUCUCCGGGAGAAAAUUACAAUCGGUCGCGCAAAAUGUUCCUUGUCUCGCAAUGAGAUUCCCGGUCUGGCGGAAUUGAUCGUUUACAGAAUGGUGUGCACUUUUGUUUUCUCUCGUGCCUGUAACCUGUAAGCGAUGUGAUUGCAAAUUUUCUAACUGAUCGCCGACACGAAAGGGAUUGUUUUGCACUCGUCGCUGGUGCAAUGAAUGCGUGCGGUGCAGCUCGGUGUAGUGUCAGCGACACCCGUAUAUAACCUUCUCACCAUCUUUUUAGAGACACGUCCCCUCGUAGAGAAUUAACGAACGGUUACGGUAUCUCGGACGCGUCGCCCUGUGUAGGGGGGAAAAAAAAACAACGAGACCGACCGAACCGACGUCGAUGCGUGUGUAUUGCAAAAUUGUAAAUGUCCCGGACAGUAGCGGCGAGUGACGCUGACAAAGAUUUGCGAGGCGCCGUGAAAAGUGGAUGUAUCGCUGCGGAACUCUUAGACUCCUACCCAAAUGAAAGUCUCGAGGAAGCGGCUUUGAACUGUGUGACUAAGAAUGGAUCACAUACAGGAAGUGCGGCAGCUGGAGCUGCUAUGCAAGCAGCUGUACGAGUCGCAGGACUCGGCGCAUCGCGCGGAGGCGGAGAAGGCCCUGGUCGCGUUUCAAAAUGCACCGGACACGCUCACCAAGUGCCAGCUUCUCCUGGACCGCGGAGACUCGGCGUAUGCUCAAUUGCUGGCCGCUACCACUUUAACGAAGCUGGUGUCGCGCUCGGCGCAGGGACAGCUCACGACAACACUCAGCUUACAACAGAGGCUCGAUAUACGAAAUUAUGUACUCAACUACUUAGCAACACAACCAAAGUUACCGAAUUUUGUGAUACAGGCUUUGGUUACACUAUUCGCUAGGAUAUCAAAGCUCGGGUGGUUCGAUUCCGACAAGGAGGAAUUUGUCUUCAGGAAUGUAGUCAGCGACAUAGCCAAGUUUCUUCAGGGGUCGGUGGAGCAUUGUAUGAUAGGAGUACAGCUGCUCUCCCAAUUGACAUGCGAAAUGAAUCAAAUAUCGGAAGCCGACGCGAACAGAUCUCUGACGAAGCACAGGAGGAUAGCGAGUAGCUUUAGAGACACACAGCUAUUUGAAAUAUUUAGGUUAUCGUGUACCCUACUGAGUACGGCCCGUGAAAAUUGUAAAAAUUUGAAUUUCAACGAUGAAGCGCAGCACGGUUUGAUAAGGCAACUGUUGAAGCUUGCACAGAACUGUUUGACAUUUGACUUUAUUGGCACCUCGACCGAUGAGAGCUCGGAUGAUCUCAACACAGUACAAAUCCCGACGAGCUGGAGACCUGCGUUCCUGGAUUUUACUUCAUUGAAACUGUUCUUCGAUCUAUAUCACAGUUUACCUAAUACUUUGUCGUGUCUGGCGCUCUCGUGUCUGGUUCAAAUAGCGUCGGUCAGACGGAGCUUGUUCUCUAAUACCGAAAGGGCAAAAUUUUUGACGCACUUGGUCAACGGUAUUAAACAUAUACUGCAGAAUCCUCAGGGUCUUAGUGAUCCAGGAAACUAUCAUGAGUUUUGUAGAUUAUUAUCUCGACUGAAGAGCAAUUUCCAACUUGGCGAGUUGGUCCUGGUGGAGGAUUAUCCCGAAGCAAUACAACUGAUCGCCAAGUUUACAGUACAGAGCUUGCAGAUGUGGCAAUUUGCGCCAAACAGUCUGCACUAUCUUUUGACUCUGUGGCAAAGAAUGGUGUCUUCAAUGCCGUAUGUGAAAGCGGGCGAUCCACACUUAUUAAACACGUACACACCAGAGGUUACAAACGCGUACAUCACGUCGAGACUUGAAUCGGUAGCGGUAGUGGUCAGGGAACGCCUGGAGGAUCCGUUGGAUGAUUUAGGCGUGGUUCAUCAUCAAUUGGAACAAAUAUCAGUCAUUGGUAGGUGUGAGUAUCAAAAAACGUGCACCCUGCUAGUCCAGCUGUUCGAUCAAGCCGCAAGAGCAUACCAGGAGCUGAUGGCACAAACGGUGUCCCCGACGCAACAGAUCGACAUUGCGAUCCAGGAGGGACAGCUCACAUGGCUUGUGUAUAUCAUAGGGGGUGUUAUAGGCGGGAGGGUUGCGUUUAAUAGCAACGAAGAGUUUGACGCUAUGGACGGAGAAUUGGUUUGCAGAGUGCUUCAGUUGAUGAACCUAACUGAUUCGAGACUCGCACAAGGCGGCUGUGAGAAACUGGAAUUAGCGAUGUUGAGCUUCUUUGAGCAAUUUCGCAAGAUCUACGUUGGCGAUCAAGUUCAAAAGAAUUCUAAAGUGUACAGGAGAUUGUCCGAUGUGUUGGGUCUUAACGAUGAGGCAAUGGUACUCAGUAUUUUCAUUCGAAAGAUAAUAACGAAUUUAAAGUACUGGGGUAGAAGCGAACAAAUUAUUUCCAAGACACUACAACUUUUAAAUGACUUAUCAGUGGGUUAUAGUUGUGUUCGUAAACUCGUCAAAUUAGAAGAAGUACAAUUUAUGCUCAACAAUCAUACGCGAGAACACUUUCCAUUUUUGGGAAACAAUGUUGCUGUGACAGAAAUGCGUUGUAGAUCAAUGUUUUACACAUCUCUUGGUAGAUUAUUGAUGGUAGAUUUAGGUGAGGACGAGGAAAGAUUUCAUACCUUUAUGUUACCUCUUACAGGUGCAUUGGAGAGCCUUGGUCAAUUAAUGGGUGCUGCAGAUACACCCCUUUUUGCAGCAGAGGAAGCAAAGAAAGCACUGAUCGGUUUGGCACGAGACCUUAGAGGCUUAGCUUAUGCGUUCAACACCAAGACAUCUUAUAUGAUGCUUUUUGAUUGGAUAUAUCCGAAUUAUACACCGAUUUUAUUACACGCUGUGGAGCUGUGGCAUCACGAACCGCAGGUGACAACACCCGUCCUGAAGUUAUUUGCUGAGUUAGUACAAAAUAGGAGUCAACGAUUACAAUUCGACGCAUCGUCUCCAAACGGGAUCCUGUUGUUCCGCGAGGCCAGCAAAAUAAUAUGUAGCUACGGCAAUCACAUAUUAAACGUUGAAGUACCCAAGGAUCAGAUUUAUCCCUUAAAACUCAAAGGAAUAAGUAUAUGCUUCAGUAUGUUGAAGGCAGCCUUAUGUGGAAGUUACGUAAACUUUGGAGUGUUUAGGCUGUACGGUGACGAGGCGUUGGACAAUGCCCUCAAUACAUUUGUCAAGUUGCUCCUUAGUAUUCCACAAAGUGAUCUUUUGCAUUAUCCAAAACUGUCGGCAACAUAUUAUUUGUUACUCGAAUGUCUGGCGCAAGAUCACAUGGUCUUUUUAUCCACUUUGGAACCUAGGGUUUUUCUCUACAUUCUCUCCAGUAUCAGCGAAGGCCUUACAGCUCUAGGUGCGCAAAAAGACUUCUAUACAGAUAUUAGUCACUGCGCGACAGUUCGAAAUGCAAGAAACAGAUGCAUAUUUCGAGCAUAUUUUAUUAUGCACAAUGAAGAAAAUCACUGAGAACACUUUACUACAAAUAACAUUGGCUAUAAGAGGAUUGGAGUGCGUGGAGCCUGUGGACCUUCUCUAAACAUAAUAAAGUCCUAUACGCAAGAACCGCAUAACUUGUAUUCUCUGCAAUGUGCUCUAUGAGUGUUAUGCAGUUUUCUGUUUCGAUUGAAACAGAAUUGAAUAACGGGUCUGACACAGAUAAUCAGCCGCACAGCUGACGUAUUAUUAAAUACAAUAACAUUGACUUAAAGAUUAUGUAUGUUUUAUAAUGACUAAUGUACUAAUUGCAGUUGCAUGCAUUAUAUGCUUCAAUUUUUUUCAAUAAUUGUAUGCAAUAUCGACGAUCUCAAUUCAAUAUGUUUGCGUAAUAUGUUAAAAUUAUUUUGUAUAUCAUUUGUAAGUGGAUAAGAUAACAGAAAUCACAUUUUUGAGAUUUUGUGCACUUGCAAUUAGCAACAAUUUAGAUAUUGAUGCGAAUAAUUGCGAUUCUAUGAUAUAGAAUAAUAAUGAAAAAAUUUUGCCUUCUACGUUGAAAUUUAUAUAGCAAUUUUUUUACUGAUAUUUAUUCUUAGUAAAAUAAAUUGUAAGUUUACAAAAUAUCAAGCUGUACAAUAGAAAAGCAGGUAGGUCCUGAUAAGCUUGCAAUAGAAAUGCUGCCAUUUUGGUUGCAUGCACUUUUUUUUCUAUUAAGGUUUUAAAUAUAAGCAUGUCUUAAUUUUCU